UUGAGGUUCUUGUCGUCCGAUCCUCUCAUUGUGACGAUGGACGCGAAUCUCACAAAGCUUGGCGGUUCUCUGCCAGUCUCAUGCGUUCAGGAGUUGGCAAAAGAGGCUAUAACCGAAGUUCCGUCUCGCUAUAUCCGUGCCGACCAAGAUCAUCCUCUCAUGCACGACGAUCAUGGAUCUUUGUUGCUUCAAGUACCAGUAAUCGACAUGAGCAAGCUGUCGUCAGGCGAUCUCGAUUUGAUGGAGUCCGAGCUGGAAAAUUUGCACGUUGCAUGCAGAGAUUGGGGAUUCUUCCAGUUGAUAAACCAUGGAGUGAGUUGUUCACUGGUGGAGGAGGUGAAGUUGGGAAUACAAGAGUUGUUCAAGCUUCCAAUGGAGGAGAAGAGGAAGUUCUGGCAAGAAGAAGGAGACUUGGAGGGUUUUGGGCAGGCGUUUGUUGUGUCCGAGGAGCAGAAGCUUGAUUGGGCCGACCUCUUUUUCAUGGUGUCCCUCCCAAGACAUUUGCGAAAACCUCGUCUUUUUCCCAUGCUUCCUUCCCCGUUCAGAGACGUCUUAGAUGAAUACACCUCAGAGCUACGAGACCUUGCAACGAAGAUACUCCUUCUCAUGGCAAAAGCUCUGAAGAUGGACGCCAAGGACAUGGUAGAACAGUUUGAUGAGGGCAGGCAAGCCAUUCGGAUGAACUAUUACCCGCCGUGUCCGCGACCCGAGCUCGUCAUCGGCCUCACUCCUCACUCCGACUCCACAGGCCUCACCAUUCUUCUCCAAGUCAAUGAAAAGGAAGGUCUCCAAGUAAGGAAAGAAGGCAAGUGGGUCUCUGUCAAGCCCCUUCCUAAUGCAUUCAUUGUCAACAUCGGAGACAUUUUAGAGAUUGUGACGAAUGGUACUUAUCGUAGCAUUGAGCAUCGAGCAAUAGUUAACUCGAUGAAGGAGAGGCUCUCAAUUGCCACAUUUCACAGCCCGAAAUUGGAAGGGGAGUUCGGCCCAGCACCGAGCUUGAUCACACUGGACAAGCCAGCAUUGUUCAGAAGGAUAGGCAUGGCCGAUUACUUGAGGGGACUCUUCUCUCGUGAGCUCCAAGGGAAGUCAUAUCUUGACGCUAUGAGGAUUGCAUAGUAUCUUUAUGUUUGC